ACCGAAACGAGCUGCUGCGAUCCACUUCGUUGACGUCACUUUCGAAUCCACCGUCCAGGCAGCAAGUAGCCAAAGAGGUGGAAAGAUCGCCGAAGCAUCAAGCUCAAAGACUACCAAGCCAACAGCACCAAAACAAUUCUAAUUAUGACGACCAAGAGCACGUGGGCUGUUUCCGAGAAGGGAACGUUCGUACGCGACCCGAGCAAGUUCCGCAACUGGAUCGAGCCCAAUGCCGAUGCCGAGUUCCCCGCUGAGGCGAACCGAUACCAUUUGUACAUUUCACUAGCCUGUCCGUGGGCGCAUCGCACGUUGAUCACACUCUACGUGAAAGGCCUGCAAGAUAUCAUCGGUCUGUCGAUCGUGCAUCCAGUAUUCCAGCGCACGCGCCCCAAUGACCCGGAGGAUCAGCACAUGAGCUGGGCCUUUGCUGAUCCCAAGAAGACCCCGUGGCUUGCUGGCCCGUCAGGGCAUGGUCAGUAUUCAUCCGAGGGCGCCAUCCCGGACGCGAUCAACAACGCGCAGUACGUGCGUGACCUGUACGAGAUGUGCUCUGAGGGCAACACGCGCUACACGGUGCCCGUGUUGUGGGACGAGGUCAAGAAGACUAUCGUCUCUAAUGAAUCCGCCGACAUCAUCCGCAUGUUCAACUCGUCGUUCGAUGCUAUCGUGCCGUCCCAGGUGGAUCUGUAUCCGGCCAAGUACCGCGAGCAGAUCAAUGAGAUCAACGAGUGGGUCUACAAUGACAUCAACAACGGCGUCUACAAGUGCGGUUUCUCGUCAACGCAAGUCGCGUACGACGAGGCUGUGAACAAACUGUUCGAGAGCCUCGAUCGAGUGGAGGAGAUCCUGUCCAAGCAGCGAUUUCUGAUGGGGGAUCUGUUCACGGAGGCGGAUAUUCGUCUGUUCACUACACUCAUUCGCUUCGACGAAGUCUACCACGUGCACUUCAAGACAAACAAGAAGAUGAUUAAGGAAUACCCGAAUCUGCUCAACUACACGCGGGAUAUCUUCCAGUUCCCGCCCGUGGUCAAGUCGAUCGACAGCAAAAUUCUCAUGCAGCACAUUAAGUUCCAUUACUACGGCUCGCACACUCACCUCAACACGUUCGGCAUUGUCCCUGCUGGACCGAACACCGACUUCAGCGCGAAGCACGACCGCGACCGUUUCCCGAGCGCUACGCUCCCGGAGUUCCCUGUGAACAGCAACUAAGCGGAGGGCGGAUCGGCGGUGAUCGAUGCAUGCGCGCAAUUCAUGAGCAUUGAUUCUUUUUUAUCAACAAAGACGAACGAGUUUGCAUUAUCACGUUUCUUGAAUUACUAGCAGACAUGGAGAAAUUAUUAUGAACCCUUCAUUGAUCUUUUGAUCAAGACUACUUGUCGCUUGAAUAAACAGCAACUACGGAGUCGGUAGCACCUGCA